AUGCGCAUUGCCAACUCGAUUGCGUGGGCGGCGCUCGGCGCCCUCGCCGUAAUCGUUGCCGAAUCUUCUUUCGCUGCAGCGGCAUUGAUCAACGUGCCGGCGCUGUACUCGUGCGAGCCGGCCGACAUCCGCGUGCUUGCCAAGGGCAACUACACCAUCGAAGGCCGCGACUCGGACUCCCACAAGCUCGUCUUCCGUGCGCGCGUCGACAAGGGCGUCAACCUCGUCACCUGGGACUCGGUCGACCUCGUCGCCAAUGCCACCGCCAUCAUCACCGUGACGGAUCAAACGAGCCCCAAGCAGACCGCCCUGGUCACGGCGUCGGCCAUCGUUCAGGCCAACCCCAUGGGCAACACCACCUGUCUUCGUCAAGAAGAAAAUUCCCGCGCGACCGCCAAGCAGAAGAACAUGGUGGCCACCAUCAUCGGCAUUGUGCUGGCGGCGUUUGUCGCGCUCGUCCUGCUGCUGGUGGGAGGCAUGAUGUACAGGCGGAAGAAGGAGAAGGCGCAAAAGUUUGAAAACGAGAGUCUGGAUCUCAACCACGGCAUGCCACAUGCAGGUGUGCCCGCAGGAGGCAGCUACAUGGCAAGACUCGUGCCCGGCUUGAAGCUGCAGGAGGCAAGACCGCUACCCAGAGACCCCGUGCUCGAGUCGGAACAGGCCAACUAUGCCUCGACGCGCAGAGGUACCCAGUACUACAAGCACACGCCCGACCUGGGCGGCGCCAAUGCCAAUCCCAAUGCCAUGCACGCCACCACCGGAUACUACAGAGAGGGAUCACCAGCGCCACAGUACCCACAGUACGGCCAUCCAAAUCCAUUUGCAUCGCAGCAGGAUCUCCACUAUCCGACGAGCCCGCAACAUCAGCAACAUCACCUCAUGUACCAGAAUAAAGACUACGACCAGUCCCAGACCUCGUUCCUCUCCAAGAAGAGCUCCAAGUAG